AUAAGAUGCAUCACUUAGACCUAGGCUUGUUUAAAUACCAAGUGGAGUACACCCGUGACUUAUUAAAUAAUACUUGUGAAAAAAUAGGAAUUGAUGAACUUGACAAGCAGUUAGUAAAAGUUUCAAGAUUUCCUGAACUUAAAGUGUUUAAUAAAGGUCUUGGAAAUAUCAAACGCUUUACAGCUGAUGAAUUUCACAUUAUGAUGAAGGUGUUUCUUUUUGUAGUUGAAGGAAUUAUCAUAAAACAUCAUAAAAUAUCAAUUGAAGAAAGUGUAGCAAACCGAUAUGAUCAUGUAUUAGUUGAUGUUUAUUACCGUUGGAAUAAGAUAUAUUUAUUUAACCGAAGAGAAUAUUUUUUAGAAUCAGAUCUUGUUGAAUUUAAA